GAAUUUAUUAACUUGACGAAUCGGCAUCCGUAUGGAGAAUUUUUAUUUUUAUAUAAGCACAUCAGGCGAUUUAUUUUCCUUCGUACCAACCAGAACCCCAUCCUUAGCUUGCUAGCCAACAAGCUAACAACAAUCCUCGUUAGCUGACGUUGUUCAGUUAACGUCAACUCAUGCUGUCCGGUUAAUCGACAGCUACGUUCAUUUCAGUUUUCCCACCCGCGUUAUCUCGUCUGUUGGUCUGGAACUGGAUUUUGUGUUCAAUGUGACGUGUCUGCUUAUAUAACAUAUUGUUAUUGAAGCUCGUAACCUCGUCUCCUGUGGUGCAACCAGCUACUCUGCUAGCGAACAUGUGGACAGAAGGGGUGAGUCUGAGGAGUCUGGUGAUGAUGAGACCAGGAGGAGGAGUAUCAAUGGCGACGUGGACCCCAAUCAGCCUGCUAACACAAGUAAAGAAGAGUCUCCUGUUGACAUGGACACCAUAACCUUGGACCCAGAGGAAGAGGAUGUUGAUCUUGUUCAUUGUCGUAUUGGAAAAAUUGAAGGACUGGAGGUGCUACAGAAGGCUAAAACACUCUCCUUACGGCAGAAUCUCAUUAAAAAGAUAGAAAACCUCGACAGUUUGAGCUCACUGCGGGAACUAGAUCUUUAUGACAAUCAGAUCCGCAAACUGGAGAACCUGCAAAACCUCACAGAGUUAGAACAGCUUGACGUGUCCUUCAACAUUCUGAGGAAGGUGGAAGGUUUGGAGCAGUUGACUCAGAUGAAGAAACUUUUUCUUCUUCACAACAAAAUUAGCAGCAUUUCCAACCUGGAACAUUUAACGGGCCUGGAAAUGCUGGAGCUGGGCUCCAAUCGCAUCCGGGUCAUAGAGAACCUGGAUACACUGUCAUCUUUGCAAAGUUUGUUUCUUGGCACCAAUAAAAUAACUAAACUUCAGAAUCUGGAGGGUUUACACAAUCUGACUGUUUUAAGCAUUCAGAGUAACCGGAUUACUAAAAUUGAAGGUCUACAGAACCUUGUAAACCUGAAAGAGCUCUAUCUGAGCCACAAUGGCAUUGAGGUCAUUGAAGGCUUGGAAAACAAUAAAAAACUUACUACCCUGGACAUUGCAGCUAAUCGCAUAAAGAAAAUUGAAAACAUCAGCCAUCUAACAGACCUACAGGAGUUCUGGAUGAACGAUAAUCAGAUAGAUAACUGGUCAGAUCUGGAUGAGUUGAAGAAUGCCAAGUCUCUUGAGACGGUCUAUCUUGAGAGAAACCCUCUACAGAAGGACCCACAGUACCGGCGAAAGAUCAUGCUGGCACUGCCCACCGUACGCCAGAUCGACGCUACCUUCAUCCGCUUCUAAUCUGCAGUGUACAGUUCACCUGCCAACUUCAGUGUUUGCGUGCACUACCCUGCCUGCCCUGCGUACAACAAACAAACUUCAUUUUGAAACACACUGGCCUCAUUUAAUCGUAUUGUCACUCCAUACACAAAUACACAUUCCGACAUUACACUCACCCAUGGCUCACUUAACAUACAUGUAUGCAUGUAUGCACUCAUUGACACCUUGAUCUAUGCUAGUGUAUGGAAGCUUAUUUAUUUAUUAAGCUGGAUCUGAACUGUAAAGAUAAUUUCCUCUAAAAGCCCAUUCCUUCAUUUCUCCUCUGCACUUAUUUUUCUUUUACUGUUUUGAAUGAGGGACACACAGUAGAGACAUCUUCUAUCUUUCAUCAUGCAGUGCCAAUCAAAAAAAUGAUUACUGCACUGUUGAAGUUGCACUGCUGUUAUAUGUGAGGAAAAGCUGGCAUUUUUACUAUCUGAGGGAUUUUGUUAAGAGUUUAUUCCUUUUGGUUGUCAGAAUGAGGAUAAUUCUUGUACACCGUGGGUAAAAGAACAAUUAAAUAUUAAAGGGAAAGUCCAUAAUAAAAUAUAAUCUGCAUAUUUUAAUCUUCAAAAUAAUUCUGAUCUUCUCAGUUGCAAGUUCCAACAUGCUUCAAGGCUGUUGGGAACAAGCUUAAAUCUGUCUUUUUAAGAAAAAUGGUGGAUACUUAUGAAUGAUUUAAUAAACUGUUAUUGUCAGGGGAUAUUUUAAUCCUCAGCAGCUGUCUAUUCCUUGUCCAGAUAUUUUACAGCUCAUAGACCCAUUUCUUGAUUAAUAAGAAUGACCUCCUUGGUAAAAUUAAGCUCCUGAGAAUGUUAAAUCAUUUAAUGUGUCUAUAAAGAUGGUAUGAAUGAUGUUAAGAUAACCCUCCUCCCCUUUUUUUUCCUUUUGAAGUGAACUUGCUCAUGUUUUCAGCUGUGUAAAGACACUACAGAGACUCACUCUAAAAAAUUCUCAUUUGGCUAAUGAUGGGCAAAGUGUACUGAAACAUUUGAAUAAGUUCAUUAUCAAGUUUUUUCCAAAAAAAUG